AUGUUGAAUCUGGCGCUCUCAAUGUCCAGGCUCGGCUGCGGCGUGGGGACCCAGAAAGGGCGGGGUAGGUCGGGACGGCAGUUUAAUUACGUGCCCGGGAACUGCGACGAUUUGGACUUUCGGCACUUGGAUGUAUUAAAAAGAAAAAAGUGUCGUUGGCGUGGAGUGGAGCUGGUGGAGGGUGAGACGAAUGCGCCCUUUGGAAACCACAGGACAGUGAACGUUUCGUCUCCCAGCGAGAAUCUCCCGCGGGCCCGGCGGCUGCUUUGGGAGCCCGGAGGGAACAUGGCGGCGCCUGGAGCCCGGAGCCGCAGCCUCUCCGGCCUGCUCCCCGCGCAGACCUCGCUGGAGUACGCCCUGCUCGACGCCGUCACCCAGCAGGAGAAGAACAGCCUGGUCUACCAGUAUCUACAGAAGGUGGACGGCUGGGAGCAGGACUUGUCGGUUCCCGAGUUUCCGGAAGGAUUAGAAUGGCUAAACACAGAAGAGCCUAUUUCUGUCUACAAGGAUCUAUGUGGAAAAAUAGUCAUCCUUGAUUUCUUCACCUACUGCUGCAUAAACUGUAUUCACCUAUUGCCCGAUCUCCGUGCAUUAGAACACACAUACUCUGAUAAAGAUGGUCUUCUCAUUAUUAGUGUUCACUCAGCUAAGUUUCCAAAUGAAAAAGUCCUGGAUAACAUUAAGAGUGCCGUUCUUCGAUACAACAUCACCCACCCUGUGGUUAAUGAUGCAGAUGCCAGCCUUUGGCAAGAACUAGAAAUUUCCUGCUGGCCAACUCUAGUCAUACUUGGACCUCGAGGAAACAUGUUGUUUUCUUUGAUUGGCGAGGGACACAAAGACAAAUUAUUUUUAUAUACUUCAAUUGCUUUAAAGUAUUACAAAGACAGGGGGCAGAUCAGAGAUGAUAAAAUUGGAAUAAAACUCUAUAAAGAUUCUUUGCCACCUUCACCAUUGCUAUUUCCUGGCAAAGUAACAGUAGACCAAGUUACUAAUAGAUUGGUAAUAGCAGACACUGGACAUCAUAGAAUUUUGGUCGUUUGGAAGAAUGGACAAAUUCAGUAUAGCAUUGGAGGACCCAACCCUGGAAGAAAAGAUGGAAUAUUUUCAGAAUCAACUUUUAAUUCUCCACAGGGUGUAGCCAUAAUGAAUAAUACCAUAUAUGUGGCAGACACUGAAAACCACCUUAUAAGAAAGAUUGACCUAGAAGCUGAGAAGGUGAGCACUGUAGCUGGCAUUGGAAUUCAAGGUACAGAUAAAGAAGGCGGAGCACAAGGAGAACAACAACCCAUUAGUUCCCCUUGGGAUGUAGUUUUUGGAACGUCAGGUCCAGAAGUCCAAAGAGAUGACAUUCUGUGGAUAGCCAUGGCAGGGACUCAUCAGAUAUGGGCACUCCUACUGGAUUCUGGGAAACUGCCUAAGAAAAACGAGUUAACAAAAGGAACCUGCCUUAGAUUUGCUGGAAGUGGAAAUGAAGAGAAUCGAAACAAUGCCUAUCCUCACAAGGCAGCUUUUGCUCAACCUUCAGGCCUUUCCCUGGCCUCUGAAGAUCCCUGGAGCUGCCUGUUUGUAGCAGAUAGCGAGAGCAGUACAGUGAGAACCAUUUCGCUGAAAGAUGGAGCAGUGAAGCACCUCGUGGGAGGAGAAAGGGACCCCAUGAAUUUAUUUGCUUUUGGUGAUGUUGAUGGAGUAGGAAUCAAUGCAAAGCUUCAACACCCCCUUGGAGUAACAUGGGACAAGAAAAGAAAUUUACUUUAUGUGGCAGACUCCUACAAUCACAAGAUUAAAGUUGUGGAUCCAAAAACAAAACACUGUACAACAUUAGCAGGAACUGGAGACACAAAUAAUGUUACCAGUUCCAGUUUUACCGAGUCAACUUUUAACGAACCAGGAGGCUUGUGUAUUGGAGAGAAUGGACAAUUAUUGUAUGUAGCAGACACCAACAAUCAUCAAAUUAAAGUAAUGGAUUUAGAAACAAAAAUGGUAUCUGUGCUUCCCAUCUUCAGAUCCGAAAAUGUUGUGGUAGAUGGCCCAUUUCUAGUAGAAAAACAGAAGACACUACCCAAAUUACCUAAAUCUGCUCCAAACAUUAGACUUUCCCCCAUGACUGCGUGUGCUGGCCAAACUCUUCAGUUCAAACUCAGAUUAGAUCUCCCAUCAGGAUCAAAGCUAACUGAAGGAGUACCCAGUUGCUGGUUUCUAACAGCUGAAGGCAAUGAAUGGCUUCUUCAAGGACAGAUACCAUCGGGAGAUAUAGAGAACAUUUCCAAUCAACCAACAGUUUCACUACAGAUUCCUAAGGAUUGUUUAUCACUUGAAGCCAUUGUAUCUAUCAGCGUGUUUCUUUAUUACUGUAGUGCAGACAGCAGUGCUUGCAUGAUGAAGGCAGUUUUGUUCAGUCAGCCUUUACAAAUAACUGACACCCAGCAAGGUUGCAUAGCUCCAGUAGAGCUCAGGUAUGUAUUUUAACCAGCCAGGUAGCUAGCAUCCCAUUGCCAUCACCUGCUGUCCCCAUCCUAUCACUGUAAUUUAAUGAAAGAAAACUUCACUUCUGCCUCUGGAUACCAAGAUGCCCUUUGCUCAUUUCUAACAACUGAUAUUAAAAUAAAGCUAUGCUUCUUACUUACUUUUUUUAUUAUAAACAGAUUCCUUUGCUCUGGCCAAUACUAGCUGAGUUGUUGAUCAUCAUUGGAAUCAUGAUACUGUAAUCUAUGCUGCUAUUUGGCACAAGACUGAAGUCCACACUACAGUAGAGAAUACUAUAAGAUAAUUUGCAGUGAAUACUGAUAAUAAUACCAGAUAUUUUAACUUUUUCUACCUUUAUUAAUAGCAGCCAGCACAAUCGAAUGUGCAAAUUUCGCAGUAACUUUAGGCAGAACUUAAGCUCCAAUCCACAUUUGUAUCUAUUCAAGGCGAAGUCUGUUAUAAGCCAAAAAAAAAGUCUUUUCAUCACUGUAGAAGCUUUAAGGAGUACAUCAGUGGUAAAUACGAUUCUUACUCUCUUCUGUGAUUUUCUCAGUUGAGAUAUUUUUAAAGGAGAGUUUUGAUCUAUUUUUAUUAUAAAUAAUUUGUUGUUUUAACAUACCACUUUAAUGCCUUAAAACUUUAUACAGGUAAAGUUGGACACAGAAUAUCUAAGGGCAUAUAGACCAACUCUUUUAAUUUUGUUUUUGAGUGACUACAUUCAGAUAAUGAAUGAGUCCCAGAAAUAUUAUGACUUUCAAGGACAAAAGGGAGUUCAGGACACAUUACUUAGUAUCCGUGAUAAAUAAUUUAUUGUGACAGCUAAAUCUGAUGGUUAUGUAUCUUGCUUGUUUUGGAAAUUUACAUUUUACUUGAAAGCAUUACAUGCAGAUUUGUUGGGUUCAGCUUUAGAGGUUUUUUGUUCCCAUAUUCAGAAUUUAAAUUAUCAUUUAUUGUGAUGUUUAUAAAAAUCACUUUUAAGCUUUCAAAGUGAAAUUUUCAAUGUUAAGUAUUUUCAUGUUAAUAGAUACAGUAUAUCCUAAUAUAUUACUCUUCAAAAUAUUAAGGCCGAAAAGAAUAAUACUGUUUUUUAAUUUUUGUUGUUUUUUAACCCUAAAAAGAUAUGGAAAAGGUUACUUCUGUCAUAAUUUAUAACUAUUUAAAAGCCUAAUCAUUUUUUCUUAAGACCUCUUCAACAUGUUUGUGAUUUAAUCAGCUUACAAGGUUUUAAAAACAUCAGGUGAACCAUGUUUAUUCAGUAAAUAUUUAUAGACGAUAUGGCAUAAUAUGCUUCCGUUCCUUAUAAAAACAGUGCUAAAUUUAAAGCAUCACUGUUUAUUUUUUAAUUUUUUUUGGAAUGUUGUUUUGAAAUGUAGUAUUAGUUUGUUUUAUUCAUAAGGUCAGCUGAAUCUCUGAAGUAAGGAUGUAUAAAUCAUGACAUUGAUUUAAUUAGUCAUCUGCUGAAGUUUUUUUUAAAGAGAAGUAUAGAUAUAAAAUUAAAAGGAAUCCUUUUUAAAACCAUAUGUAAUUACCUCAUAAACCUUUUCUCUGCACAAGCAAUCAAAAAAAUGAAAUGCUCUGCAAUAAAGGGUGUAUAACAUUCUCUUUUGGGGAGAAUAGGCCUUAGGUUUUUUCUUUUCUUUUUGUUGUUGUUUUGAGAUGAAGUCUGGCUCUGUUGCGCAGGAAGGCAGAUGCAGUGGCGUGUUCUCAGCUCACUGAAACCUCCACUUCUGGGUUCAAGAGAUUAUCCUGCCUCAGCCUCUGCAGUAGCUGGGAUUACAGGCACACGUUACCAUGCCUGACUAACUUUUUGUAUUUUUAGUAGAGACAGAGUUUCACCAUGUUGGCCAGGCUGGUUCCAAACUCCUGGCCUCAAGUGAUCUGCCUGCUUCGGCCUCCCAAAGUGCUGGGAUUACAGGUAUGAGCCACUGUGCCCGGCUGGCAUUAGCUAUUUUUUAAAUCUCAUUUGACUUACUGUAUUUCUCAUUUCUAGUUGGACAGAAUGAGAAUGUUUGGGCCCAAUCACUUUUUGUUUAAGGACAAACAAUUUCACACUCUAAAAGAAGUAUAUAUAAUUUUAAUCUGCUAAUUUAGAAGUGUCUGACAAUUUAUUUUUCAAUAUAAUACACAAACACAGUGUUUGUUAUACAUUUUCAUGUGCAUUGAAAACGCAAAAGCAUUUUUUAGAAUCUAUUCUAAAAAUGUUUUAGAAUAGAUUUUUCUUUGUUUGUCUAGACAGUUUUAUGUUAGUCCUAGCUUAUACUUUUCUUGACUCUCAAAGUACAGUUUUUUGAACAUCCUUAUUCUUAGCCACUACCAGUCUGCAUUGUUUUUUACGUGAAAAGUAUUAUUUGUAGUAGAUUAAUAUGAUUUUGAAUAAAUCACACUAAUGCAAUAUAAAUAGGUUCCUGGAAUUUAUGACUUGGGUAAACCUCUCACAUAGGAGGAAGUACUAGAAAGUUUAUUUUUAAAACUUGUUGAUCCAUGUCUACCUUUCAUAAUCUCUAAGGACUUCUUCAUAUUUUUUAACUUUUGCUUUUCUUGUUGCAUAAAUUAUUAUGUCCAAUGAUAGUUUAAAAAGAGUAAGAUUUUAGUGUAAGUCACCUCAGUUGAAAUGCCAGUAAUGUGGCAUUACACAUACUUUAUAUAAUACCUGGAAUCUUUGUCCUAAAUUAUUCUGCUGAUUUGUCCCUAUUUUUUUCCUCUUCUCUUUAUUCUACAAUUGGUAGAAAUUUUUGAUAUGAUUCCUCUAAAGAGUUUAACUUACCUUAAAUAUUCUGUCUUAAGCAAAUAUUUAACAAGGGAAAACUCUGUAGUUUAAUCACCUAUAAGUGUAACUUUGGCAAAAUUCAGUGACUAUGAAAAGUAUUUUUUUUCUUAACUGAUCUAAUAAUAUUAGUUAUAGUAUUGUCAAACCUUCAGAAAGCUAUAAAUCUCAACACAGCCAGAAUAAAAGUUUAGUAUAUGUAUAUUUAUAUAGGUGUGUGUGUACAUAACACAAAGAUUAAGAAUUACUCAUGAUUCUCUUCUGGCCAGUAAACUUUUGAGCUUAUACAACUGAGAUAAAUUACUCUUUCCUUGUUUUUCUAUAGUUGGAAAAUUUAGGAAGAUAGAAAAUACAUAUCUCUCUAGUGUAAUAAUUUUCUGCCUGCACAAAGUUUACUAUUAAUUUAUGUCUACCAAUUAAAAGUACGAUAGUUCUGUUUGGCAUCGUGUUUAACAAGUCAUCAAAAUCUACCUAAAUUCUAUAGUUCAAAGUUACAUAAACAUAUAUGCAGAGGGAAAAUGUCAAUAAUGGUUCUUGUGAAUGAUGAAAUAAUGGAUGUUUUAAUUUUAAUUCUACUUUGCUGAGUUGUUUUUGUUUGUUUGUUUUCAGUAAGCAGUCUUAUUUUUAAAAUCACGGUGGGGGAAAACCCAUAAAGUUUAAAGAUUUAAAGUUAACUGAAUUUUAAGCACUCAGAACAUUGUUUUGAGUCCGUUAAUCUACAGUUCUCUUAAGUAUGUGAUUUUGUGAAGAUAGAAAUAGUCAUGGCUUUUUUGUUCUGGUAUUUUUAUUGCCUAGCGUAGUAUAGUGGUUGAGAGCUUGGAUUUUGCAGUAAUUUGGAUUCUAAUCUUUUAAAAUGGGGCUAGUAUACCUGCCUCAUGGAAGUAUUUAAUGAAAUAUUGUGUGUAAAGCACUUAGUAAUUAGUGAAACUGAUCAUUAUUGGCUUAGUUACUAUAAUGAUAAUUUGUGACCACAAACAAAUAUCACCUUACAUUUUCUUUGCAACUGCAAUUUGUCAAGGAAAAUCUUCCUCCCACCAACUGUUGGUUAUGUUAAUAUUCUCCAUAGAGUUGGGUUCAAAAGAGAAUAUGGUUUUAUAAUGAAGCAUAUGACUAUUUUGUAAACAACAUUGUAAUUACAAAGAAGCAUGUCUAUAGUGUUAAUAAAUUUUUUUUUUUAAUUUGAGAUGGAGUCUCGCUCUGUCACCCAGGCUGGAGUACAGUGGCGCUAUCUUGGGUCACUGCAACCUCUGCCUCCCAGGUUUAAGCGUUUCUCCUGCCUCUGCCUCCUGAAUAGCUGGGACUACAGGCACGUGCCACCACAUCCAGCUAAUUUUUUGUAUUUUUAGUAGAGACAGGGUUUCACCACGUUAGCCAGGAUGGUCUUUAUCUCCUGACUGCAUGAUCCUCCCACCUCGGCCUCCCAAAGUGCUGGGAUUAGAGGUGUGAGCCACCAUGUCCAACCUAAAAAAUGUUUAAAGACUUUCUGGAACUAUGGGUAAUAAAGUUGCUUUGAGAGGGUCCAGACAUACUCAUCCCGAACCACAUUCCUACAACAUGUGCCCAACAACUUGCACCAGAGUACUUAUAUCUUAACCAAAAAGUUUCACUCGAUGGGGCUUUACCAAAUCUUCAGAAUGUUUUCAUGUAUAUUGCCUCAUUUGAGCUUCAAAUAACCUUACAAAUCGGGCAGGUAGAUGUUAGUUUACAAAGAAGGAGAUAGCUUUGGAAUAGGGGUAACAUAUCUGAAGGUCAGAAAACUCCCAGAAUAGUGCUCGAUGCCUAAAGUGGUGCCUGGCGCCAGCAGAUGUUCAAUUCUAUCAAACAAGGGGAAAUAGUGACUGGUGGAGCCUUUAUUCAGGCACAGGUCUCCUCAUUUCUAACUCUUCUCCAAGAUGCAGAGGGAGAACAAACUGCUAAAUUAAGAGUUCUUCCACGGACACUUUCUUAAGCCUUCAAAUAAAGUAAUAAGAAUAAUAGAUAUUUACUGAGUUCUUACUGUUUGCCAGCCGUUUUCUAUUAGGUGCUUUUAUAUAUUAACUCAUUUACUUUACACAACAACCUUAUGUGACAAUUACCAUUUUUCCUUGUUUGAUUGGUGAGGAAACACACAGAGAGGGUAAGCAUGAUCAGAUACACCAGCGUAACCAAAAUCACAAAUUUAGGGAGUGGCAGGGCCUGGAUGGGAGUCUCCUCAACUCCCUGCUGUAUUGCCUCUCAAAGUAGGUUUUCUUAAAAUGUAAAUCUUUCGUAACUUUAUAUAUUAAUAGUAACUUAAUCCAAAGAACCCCAAAAGUCCUAGCAAUGAUUGUGCAAUUUAAAUAAAUCCAUUUAAUUAUGCAGCUUUGCAUUAUAUACUCUUAUUCAGACCUUGAAACAGUCUAUAAUUGUUGGUCAAAAGAUUUUGUGUACCACUCGUUCUUAAUUUCAGAUACUAUCCUGAAUUUUUCUUGGCAGAUAGAUGUAUUAAAGAAAAAGCUUUCCAAUGUUAGUUCUAACAGUGCUGUUUCAAAAGUUGUUUCAGAAGUUCUAAUGGUUGAUCUUCGAAAGGUAAUUAAGACCUUAUAAAGAGCCUUAUGCACAGGACUAUCUCAAACCCUAAGAAGCUUAUUCAUAUUUAAGAAAAUGUUGUUGUAUUAAAUAUUAGUCCAAGUGAGCUCUAGAAAUAUAGUCUUCUGCUUCCUUGUUUCAUAAAUGACAUUGGUAUGUAGACCCCUCCCCAUUACUCAAAUAUUAAUAUAUACAAUUGUGUUAUGGUAAAGUUUUCACCAUGGUCAACUUAUUCCAGCAUUAGGUACCUUUUUUUUUUUUUGACAUGAAGUCUCACUCUGUCACCCAGGCUGAAGUGCAGUGGUACAAUCUCAGCUUACUGCAACCUCUGCUCCCAGGUUCAAGUGAUUCUUCUGCCUCAGCCUUCCAAGUAGCUGGUGCUAACCACCACAGGUGCCCACCACAACACCUGGCUAAUUUUUAUAUUUUUAGUAGAGAUGGGGUUUUACCAUAUUGGCCAGGCUGGUCUCGAACUCCUGACCUCAAGUGAUACACCUGCCUUGGCCUCCCAAAGUGCUGGAAUUACAGGCAUGAGCCACCACACCCAGCCUAGCAUUAGGUACUUUUUUUUUUUGAAAUGGAGUUUUGCUCUUGUUGCCCAGAUUGGAGUGCGGUGGCACCAUCUCGGCUCAAUGCAGCCUCCGCCUCCUGGGUUCACGCAAUUGUUCUGCCUCAGCCUCCUCAGUAGCUGGGAUUACAGGUGCCCGCUACCAUGCCUGGCUAAUUUUUUGUAGUUUUAGUGGAGAUGGGGUUUCGACAUGUUGGCCAUGCUGGUCUCAAACUCAUGACUUCAAGUGAUCCACCUGCCUUGGACUCCCAAAGUGCUGGGAUUACAGGCAUGAGCCACUGCACCCAGCGAACUAGGUACUAUUUAAAGGAAUUAAGCAGAAUGCUACGUACCAACGAUUAUGAUUCAUGAUCAUCUAAACACAGAAUGCAAACUCUUCAUUCUUAGUGUGCUAAGUAGUAUUAUGGUGCAGUAAGGAAUAUGUUAAUUUUCUUAUAAAAUCCCUCUUUUGAAAUCCAUAAGGAAAUGUACAUCAGCUUAAGAAAUAAUAGUGUCAUAUUUUAAAAGUAGAAUUCACUGUUAGUCUCCAAGAUUACCUUUUCUUCUCCCUGUGGCACAGUUUAUUUAAAUGAAGUAUUAACAAUAAUCAUGUCACUAUUUUUGUCCUGAAUAGCUAAGAGUUUGCUUUUCUCCCAUUUCUUUGCAAUCGAAUAAUAUAAAGAAUAGUAUUAAAAGUCAGAGGCUUUACUAAUCUACCUAUUUGUAUUCCGUGACUAACGAACUCUGGCCCCUUCACAUAUGAGCCCUGCAGGUUUACCUGCCUGCCUCUGGCUUGCGGAAGGCUCCCCCAGUCACAGAGCCUGGGUAAGGUGGAACAGGAGACAGCCCCACUCGGCUUUUCUGAUUGCACCCCACCCAUUUCUGAGUGUGUUGGUUUGGUUUCACUUUUUUCAAAGGUUGGGGUUGAAAAGUGAAAACCCUAGACACUUGUGGAAUGUUUGCCUGGUUGUUUUGGUGUGUGCCUCUUCACUGGCAUGUCCUCCCUUUCAAGUGUACCAAAGGACAUUUUGUUCUGUUAAAGCCCCAGGACCAAAAGGAAAGUAUUGCAAGCAUUUGCAAACAUGCUUUCCUACCUAUACAAGCCGCCAUAAUACUAAAAAGCACUAAACAAGCACAAACGAACACUAAACAGCGUUAUACCAAAAAGCAUUCUUGUAACUGUCAGAGCAUGGUAUGAGUUCCUUCCUCUUUAAGCAGUAGUUUACAGGCCUAGUGACUUUAAGUAAUACAGAAUUAAGCAAAUAGUUAUUCUUUAAUGUAGAAAACUCGAAAGUGUGAGUAAUGUGGACAUAGUUUACUACCUUUUGCUUUUAAUAUACUUGGUUAUGCAUCUCUAUCUGAAAUAAAAUGAAAGGAGACCUCAUAAACUGAUGCUGAGAAGUAGAGAAAAUCAACUCUCAGUUUUAAAUGUGCCCAAUUUAAAUAGUUUUCUUUUCCUCCCCUCCACCUUUUUUUUUUUAAAGAGACAGGGUUUUGCUCUGUCACCCAGGCUAGAGUGCAGCAGUGACGUGAUCAUAGCUCACUGCAGCCUGGAACUACUGGGACCUGGAGGUCCUCCUGCUUCAGCCUCCUGAGCAGCUAAGACCACAGGUGUGUGCCACUACUCCUGGCUAAUUUUUUUGUAGAGAUGGGGUCUUGCCAUGUUGCCGAGAUUGGUCUCAAACUCCUGGCUUCAAGCCACCGUCCCCCUGUGCUGGGAUCACAAGCCUGAGCCACCACUCCUGGCCUGUUAUUCCUUUAUCUAAUGUGUGCUAAGAUCAUGGAAAAUAUAUGUUGAGAUAACUAGGGCAAAACAUUAGUGAUAAAUUAUGCUAAUUAAUGGGGGAAAAACAGGUAUUCCUCUAAAAUUUAUUCCUCUGAAAAUUUAAAAGGACUCUGCCAUGCAACUGUCUUCUGUUUUUGGAAUUUGUGGUCAUUCUUAGUGUCACUGGAAACACUCAUUCUUCGAGCAUGUACAGGAUAGGCUACCUGUUGUAUUUAUUAUACUUUUCAAAAUGCUAACACAUUUUUGUUUAUAUAGAGUUGAAAUAUAUUGUUCAUGCAUGCCUGUGAUAUUCAUCAUCAAAAUACACCUGUAACAAAAUAAACCACCACUUCCUCUCCACACCUUAGGCCUCCCUGUUACUAAAAACAAUAGUAGUUUCUGUAGAAGUUUCAGUGAGAAAUUGGUUUAUAUAAACAGAUACGGCAGAACAAUUUUUUCUGUAGUUUUUUUCCCCUAGCAUUUCUCAUUGUAAUAGCUCAGUUUUCAAAGGAGGGGAACAGUACCUUAGUGAGUUCCAAUUAAUUUUUUCUAUUUUGAGGUAUACCUUCCUAAUUAUAUUUUCAUAGGCUAUUUUUUUUUUACAUUUGAAUUCUUACUGCUAAGAUGCAUUGAGAAACAGUUUAGAAAUGUUGCAGUGGUCAUUUCUUUACUUGUGGACUAUGAACAAAUGAAAGUUUGCUGUGUGAUUACAGUUUCAAGUUAUAACAUUUCAUAAAUAUGUCAGUUUUAGAAAUUCUUUCCCAUCUUUUGUAUGGAUAAAGUUUAUGGUUUUAUUUCUCAAAAUAGAGUUGGUCUGCUAUGCUGACUUCAUGUCUGUCAUUCCAAAGGCUUGAUUAUGUUUUUUUCUCCAGUGAUUAAAAAUGCAGUAAAAAUCCAAUUUACACGUUCAUAUAUUGAUGUAUCUAGACAUAAUCUAGUUCUAAAAGAAUGUACUUGGUGUGCAUUUUUAAGGAUUUCAUGUAAACAGAUUAAUAUAUUUUUGUACAACAUUAUAUUUCUACAUUUAUUUCAAGACUGUACUUUUCAGUGACUUUUUCAAGUGCAUGUGUUAACAGAAGAUUGUUUGGAAUGGGAGUGCAGUGGCCUUCUUUACUGGCCAAGAGCAGUGUAAUACAAGUGAUCAUAGAAGAAGGUGAGAAUGUGUUUAUACUGUACAUGGAAACCUAAUGCCUCUUUUCUAAAGCUUUGUACAUUUUUUUGUGAAAUAGAUUAAAUAUUUUCUCUCUAAAA